AUGUGUCAGUACAAUGCAGUUCGUUUAAUUAUAAUCUUUUCGUUUUUCAUGAAUAUUUUUGUACAUAAUGAGUUUGGCAUCUUUAAGCACGUGUUGUAUUAUGGAGCACCUCGUUGCUUUAAAGAUUCUAUCAAAAAAAUGGCCAUCAACAAAUGUGUAAAGCUUUUUUUAAUUUUGGUUUUAGUCGGUGUUGUUGCUUUUGGGGUCACAUUUUUGCCUUUUAACCUAUCUGACAAAUUUAAGGCAGCCCUUAACAAGGUUUCAAAUCAUCUCAGGGGACUUGGAGGCUCUGAUUCUGAUGGAAAAGUCCACCUCGAUUUUUCCAAGCGUGACAGUUAUACUCACGGCAGCUUGAACAUCGUUUUGGAUAAACUCGACAACGUACCUAAGGAGGGUUACCUGAAAUUCCUUCACAAGGGCGAAAAAGACGCUCCUCUUGACGUAGAAAAAUUUACUUUGGGUGAUACUAACUUAGAGGGUCUUGAACCUGGUCUCCUUGACUACGCUGCUGGUUACUUCAAGGGUGAGGACACUCACCUUCUCCUUGUUGAACUUUGCCUCCACAAUAAAGGCGAUGGUAACGUUGAAGGUGAAAACAAUAAUGCCGAGGGUAAUAAUACGGAAAAAGGCGCCCAGGGCACUAAUGACACCAAUGCUACCAACGGUGGCAACGGUACUAACGCCGCCAAAGGUGACAAGACCGUAGAAAAGACUGAAGGUGAGAAAGUUUUCUACGCUCCAGGAGAAAAUAACAAAUGGGUAAAGCUUCCUCCUGAAGCUGACCUUGGUGCUAAGGUUGAUGAAGUUUUCGCUACUCUUACUGCUAAUACUCCACCUGAAAAUCAACAAGGCACAACUCCUCCCGCAGCCCCUGCCGGUACUGCUACACCUUCCCCCGCUCUACCUAACCCUGAACUUCCUCCAGGUGAAACUCCAGUACCUCCACCUCAGAAUUAUCCUCUCACUGGCCCCAAAGCUCCCCAAGCCGGUGCUCAACUUCCUGUACCAAAUGUCCCAGGCACUCAACAACCUGAAGGUCUAGGUGCAGCAGCUCCAGAACCUGAAGUUCAUGUUCAAGCCGUUCCACAACCCGGACAAGCUGGACUGCCGGCAGGAGCUGGAGCUGUGGCUGGUCAACCUGGAAAUGAUGGAGCUACUGGUCUAGAGUUAGGAAGUAAUGUACUCAAUGGUGGGAAAGAGGAUGGUGACCUUGCUAAAGUUGUUGGGGGUGGAUCACUCACCCGAGAAAACGCCGUCGAGUCUGCUCCAGAACGAGAUCAAAAAACUGUUGGCAAUGGACCAGAACCUGCUAAAUCCUCAGCUCGACCACCUGGAAAAGUAUCCGGUCAAUCACCCGAACUACGUGCAGUUCUUGUAUCACCCCAACCUGAGGCCCACAAUUCGAAUCCAUCAUUAAAGCCAGAAACCCCUCCAUCCAAUCCUUCAAAAUCAACUAACCAAACAGUAAAAGUUAACACAGAAGCUGAAGGUGGAAAUCUAAACCAAGGAAAAGGACAAAAUAACCAACAAGGAAGUAGUGGAAGUAAUGGGCAAGGAGGUGGUAAUGGAGUAACCCAUAAUACAGGAGGAUGA